AUGACGGGACGCCGGAUCUCAUUCCCAGAGUACGUGGACUGGUUGUACGAGCUCCGACAGAAGGGUUGCCUGAAAUUCGUUACACAGAAACGAGAUUUUCCACUGAACUCUAACCCAAGGACUUACCACGAAAUCUUCUCGGAUGUACUGAAUUCAGCCAGAGUCUCGGAAGCCAUUGCUGAUGAAUCAGUGCAUUCUGGCCAACCCGUCUCUAAGGUGAAAGAAGAAGCGAAGGAAAUUUUGAAGAUGAUGGCUCAUAAUUUUGGAGUGAACAACACACGCGCUUUCGGCUAUUUCAUUGCCAAAGUUCUAGAGCGAAUAUUCGAUGCGAUCUACGUGAACGCUGAGCAGUUGAAGCGCGUUCGCAAGAUAUGCCGAAGCGAACCAGUGGUGUUCAUGCCGUCUCAUCGAACCUAUCUUGAUUUUCUUCUUCUCUCAAUCCUCUGUUUUGAAUACGAAGUUCCGCUACCGGCGAUCGCAGCAAGUAUGGAUUUUACUAACUCGUGGUUUAUGAGCGAAGUUUUGCGAAGAAGUGGAGCCUUUUACAUUAGGCGGUCAAUCGGUCAGGACAAACUGUAUUGGGCGAUUCUUUCUGAGUAUGUACAGACUCAUAUCAUAAACUGCGACAGACCAGUGGAAUUUUUUAUUGAAGGCACACGCAGUCGAGUAGGCAAAAGUGUUUAUCCAAAGUAUGGACUCCUUCAGAUGGUCCUUGAGCCCUUCCUGAAAGGAAGGGUCUACGAUAUCAUUGUGGUGCCAGUUACAACGAACUAUGACAGAUUGCUAGAGGAAUUGCCGUACUCGUACGAGCUGCUCGGUUAUCCUAAACCUAAGGAGUCAACUGCAGGCCUCAUAAGAGCUCGUAAUUUCCUCAAUAAACGUUUUGGCAGAUGUUUUAUGACAUUUGGAGAGCCGAUAUCAAUUCGCGAGUAUUUCGGAACGUCACUGCAUAGAUCGGGAUUUGUUCGUCAGGUAAGGAUCCGCCGUCCGAACUCUUACCCCAGUUUCAUUUCAACUAGUGUUACUUUGUAUUUUUUGUCAUUAACAGGCCAAUAA